AUGCCCGGCGAUGUCCCACCCGGCGGUGCCGCGGCGCAACAAUCGCGCGCGAACGAGCGAGAGAACGUCGCGCUCGCCGCGCUCCGGUGCCCGAAAUCAUGGCAAAUCUACUUCCCCGACGUCUCCUACGACGCCCGCGACCGCCGCGCCGAGCUCACACGAGGGCUGAAGACCUUCUUCACGAGCGAUGCCGGGCGAGAAUUCCUUCGCGAGGCGGAGAUUCGAGAUGACGCGACGAUGGCGAUCGAGAUGGAUUACGAGCGUCUCAGAGCGAAGGCAUCGAUGGCGGCGCCGGAUCUACACGCGGCGCUGACGUGCGCACCGUUGGAGUGCAUGGCGUGCCUGCGGUGCGCGGCGCACGAGGCGGCGCUGGAGGACGUAGACAGCCGCGCGUGGUUACAGGACGCGCACGGGAUUCCGGCGGGAGACGUGCGGAUAUCGAGCGUCAUGACGACGUGGGUGAAGCUAAGAAACUAUCAGGAGAGUGAGGUGCGGUUCGCGGCGGUGAAGAGCAACGUGGUGGGACGAGUGGUGAGCCUGCGAGGGACGGUUACUCGAGCGGCGCCGAUAAAACCGGCGGUGACACACAUGGUUUUCGCAUGUCAGACGUGUCAAGAAAGGUCGAGGUGCACGUUCAAGGAUGGGAAGUAUCGACCUCCACUCGCGUGCUCGACAGAUCGAUGCCGGGGGAAGAAAUUCGUGCACGAGCUCAGCAACGUUGAGUGCGCUGACUCGCAGAGAGUGCGGAUACAGGAAAUAGCAGACGAUGGCGUGAUGAGCGAGGAGGGACGGGUUCCUCGUUUCAUGGAUUGUGAGCUCAGAGCAGCUCUCACGGACUCGUGUUCCCCUGGAGACGUGGUGACGAUUCUGGGAGUGGUUGAAAGCGACACGUCAGAGACAGGAGGCGGGGCGCUCGGGCGUGGGCGGAAUCAAGCCCUCAGCGAGCUCUACCUCAGCGCGUGGUCUUGCACGGUGUCGCGGGGAGGUAAGGGGGAUAAUUCCAAAGGGAUGGAUGACGAUGUCGACGAUGGAAUUGAGGACGAAGACGGGGAGAAAGAGAAUGACUCGGAAGGUGUGGCUGGCGGACAUAAUCAAUACGUUGCUUCGAUGCGUAAGAAGAAAACGUUUAGAGUGAACGAUAAGCGAGUGAAAACGCGGGACGAAGACGAUGUUGAGGCAAUGCUCGCUCCGACACUAUCCAAAGAGGAUCUGAUAUUCAUUGCGAAAUUCAGCCAGCAGAGUGGAGAGGACAUAGUUAGAACGCUCGUGCACUCAUUGUGCCCUUCUAUCUUUGGCCACGACAUCGUCAAGCUCGGGCUCCUUCUCUGUUUGUUCGGUGGGGUCAGGAAGUCAGUCUCUGGAUGUGGAAAAGUUCCCACGCGUGGAUCACUGCACUGUCUCGUCGUCGGUGACCCAGGUCUUGGUAAGAGCCAGAUGCUUAAGGCUGUUUCCAAUCUUGCGCCUCGUUCAAUUUACGUGUGUGGGAGAACCGUCUCUGCCGCCGGUCUUACAGCGGCGGUGGUGCGAGACCCGGGAACUGGAGCGCAAACGUUCGAAGCUGGCGCCAUUGUACUCGCCGAUCGCGGUGUGUGCUGCGUGGAUGAGUUCGACAAGAUGCCGAACGAGCACCAAUCAUUGCUUGAGGCCAUGGAGCAGCAGAGUGUGUCAGUGUGCAAAGCCGGUCUGAACGCGACGCUUCCGGCUCGAACGUCCAUCAUCGCUGCCGCGAAUCCGGUACAAGGGCACUACAACCGCGCUAAAACAGUGAAUGAAAAUUUGAAAAUGUCUGCGCCGUUACUCAGUCGAUUCGAUUUGAUUUUCAUAUUGUUGGACAUGGCGGAUGAAAUCUUGGACGAGCACCUCAGUGAGCACGUCAUCGCACAGCACAGUGGAAGGCAUAAUCAAGCGCGCCGCGCGCAAGCGCGCCAAAACUUGCAUGCCUACUACAACGAAAUAGAUAACGACGGACAGGCGCUGGAAGACGCCACGGAGCGCGCUGUGACGCAGGAUUUAGGACCUGGCACAGCGCCAUAUGUCCCCCUUCGUGCCAGAUUGCGAGUCGUCAAUGAUUCCAUGGAGAUCCUUUCCCACGACAUCAUGCGCAAGUACAUCUCGUACGCGCACGCAUACUGUCAUCCAAGGCUCACGCCCGAAGCUGCAGAGGUACUUCAGACUUUUUAUCUCGAGUUGCGCUCUCGUGCGCCAGCGGAUGGGACGCCAGUGACGGCGCGGCAGCUCGAGUCUCUUGUGCGACUAUCCGAGGCUCGCGCUAGACUCGAGCUUCGUACAGAAGUCACUGCGAACGACGCUAAAGAUGCGGUGGAGAUCAUCAAAGCUUCUCUGGUCGAUGCAUUGAGCGAUCAGCACGGACGAUUGCGAUUUAACCGCGCCGGAGGUAAAUCCACCAAGCGAAGCAAGACCAAGCUCUUCAUCGAGGCCAUCAACGCUCGUACUUCAUCUAACGAAUCCCCGUACUUUAGCGUGGGGGAUCUUCACGCUCUAGCCGAGGAUCUUAACCUCGGCAUCGCCGACGUCGACAGCUUCAUCGAGGGCCUGAACAUAGCUGGUGAGCUCCUGAAGUGCGGGAGACUGUACAAAUCCGCCUCUGCGAUGACCUCCGAGACACCUUCCAAGCGACGACGUUGA